AUGGAGCGGCCUGGUGCCUGGAAACAUCAGAAACAAGAGAUUCAGCUGGGUUCCAGACAGUCUGUCCUUAUGAGAAGCAAGGAUCUAAUGGGACCAAGUUUGUCAACAAGUGGAGUAAAACUGAAAAACGGGAUAACUGGGACCAAGUUUGUCAACAAGUCGAGCAAACCUGAAAAACGGGAUAACUUCGAGUGGAUUUACGAAAAAAGUUGGUGGUGGCGUCUGAGGUGGACACCUGUGAAGUCAGUAAGAGAAGCGCGAGGGUUGGAAGUGGGAGGUAUAGGAAAAGAUCGCAUGCGUGUAAUUGCGUUUUUUGCAGUGGGCACUAAUCAUUCCGGCGUUUCGGUUGUGGCGGAGCGCAUGAAUAACCCAGAUAGAAACGCGUCACAUGCUAUCCAUCGUGUGGUACUAUUGGCUGUGGAGCUUAGGAGCAGUAAAAUUAACAAGGGCGAAACCGGUCGGGGGCUGUCAACGAAUUUUCAGCAACCUUAUGCGUAG